CGGUACCACCAUUACUUCAUUGGUAAACAAGAUCCAUGGCAUGGGCGUUCAUCUCUAUUGCUAUAUCUUCCUCUCGUCUCUUUCGUUAACUGAUGACGAGGUGAAAAUGGCGGAUCUUUCGAAAUCCAACCCCGGCCUGAAAAUAGAAACGUAGCUAGCUAGCUGGUCGUUUUCAUAGUGCUGCUCCUGUCACCAAUGGAUGAUUUUGACAGGCUGCUUAGUUGAGAAAACAAGAAUCGGCCCCCAACCAUAUAUCUUAUAGAAAAUUGAGAAGAUGGAACAUCGAUACCCCGUAGUUUAUCGACUUGUAUAGUGUACCAUCUGUCUUAUUUGGAGUACGGCGGAGUAGUGUGUGUGUGUGCGCAACAUCAACACAUGUUCAUAUGCAGGAAUUGGAAAAAGCGACUGUUUUGAGCUGAGUGUAAACCUGGAGACAUGGACGUGGUGUCGCCAGAGCUGAACAUCCUCCUCCCUGACGAGAUAAUGGACACAGAGGCCAUCGUCAUGGAUGACGACCCACCCGCCGAGUCCCCUGCGGCGUCUGGCCAAUCACAGCCCAGCGACGAUGCACCAAUCCCCAUGGAAACAGAUGUUCUCGCCGUCCCAGAGAUCGUUAGCCUGUGUUCGGAUGCCCCUCCGACCCAGCGGACUCAGGCCCUGACCACCUCCAUCACCACAGACUCCACCCUCUGUAGCACCACCUCUGCCACUCAGCUCCUCCUCACCCCAUCCAUAGCUUCAUCCUCCCCCCUUACCCUCCGACCCGCCACAGCCUCCACCCUCACCGCCACCACCCCCAAAACCACUACCAGCCUGGGUGGGGUCAGUCUCACCUCGGGGGGCUUACAGAAGCUCUCAGCCAACCACCAGAUCAUCCUCAAUAAGGUGGCCUCAUCCCCGGGAGCAGACACCACCAGGUCCCCAGGCACCACCACUAUCACUCCAGGGGGCCAGAAGUUCAUGGUGACGGCCAUAGGCAAGUCAGGCCAGUCUAUUGUGCUGCAGCUGCCCCACACUGGCUCCAAGCCUGGCUCAGGGCAGGGGGAAGCCAAGGCCAACCCGCAGCAUUUCAAGGUGCUGACGAUAGGGGGGAGGACAGACAUGAAGCCGGUCAUGGUGGGGCAGGCGGUCAGCUCGGCCAGUCAGAUAUCCACCCUGCAGGCCCAGCAGCUGAAGACUGUUCAGAUUGCAAAGAAAACGCAGGUGUCGUCAGCUGGACCAAUCAAGUUCAUCAUCACUAAACCUGUCAACAACAAAGGUCUGACCGCCCAGACAUCAGUAUCCAAUGUCAUUACAGGUCGAGUCCUGUCCACGAGCAGCCCAGUGACCCCCCCGCGGACCAUCACUCUCUCUGAGACCCUCAGCUCCAACAGCAAGAUUGCCAUCUCCCCCCUCAAGUCACCUAGCAAAUUGACGAUGGUGUCGGUGGCCUCCCAGGUACCCAACUCCCCUCAGAAGUCAGUGUCUCUGCCGCUCAACAUGGCCCACCUGGGACAGCAGAUACUAGUACAACAGUCUACAGCCACCUCUCCAGCCAAGCCCAUGAAGCCGGUGCAGACUGUGACGGUGGGCGGCCCCCAGUUUAAGACCAUCUUCCCCCUGUCCACCUCGUCCAACGUGCAGCAGAUCCAGGUGCCCGGCAGCCGCUUCCACUACGUCAGGCUGGUUACUGCCACCACGGGCAGCAGCACGGGACAGGCCGGCAGCCACUGCACCAACUCAUCCAUGACCGCCAAGCCUAUGGUGGUCAACACAGCCCAAGUCAGGAUGUCUGUCCCCAUCAUCCCAGCACAGACCAUGAAGCAGGUGGUGCCCAAGCCCCUGACGUCGUCGGGCCAGGUGCUGACAACUCAGACCCAGCAGAGGUUGAUCAUGCCCGCCACGCCGCUGCCCCAGAUCCAGCCCAACCUCACCAACCUACCCCCGGGCACCAUGCUGGCGCCUGGGUCUGGGAACAUGGGCUAUACUGUGCUGCCCGCACAUUAUGUCACGCAGCUCCAACAGUCUGCAUAUGUGACUUUGGCCAGCAGCUCUGGGUUCCCCACCCCUACAGGCAUCCAGACUCAGGCCAGACUGCCUCUCAAUGGCCUAUCAACAUCAGACGCUGCCUCCAGACCACGGAAGCCCUGCAACUGCAACAAGUCUCAGUGUCUCAAACUGUACUGUGACUGCUUUGCCAACGGGGAGUUCUGUCAGAGCUGUAACUGUACCAACUGCUUCAACAACCUGGAACACGAGACCGAGCGAGCUAAAGCCAUCAAGGCGUGUCUGGACCGUAACCCGGAGGCAUUCAAGCCGAAGAUCGGUAAAGGUAAAGAGGGCGAGUCGGACCGCAGACACAGCAAAGGCUGCAACUGUAAACGCUCGGGAUGUCUGAAGAACUACUGCGAGUGUUACGAGGCCAAGAUCAUGUGCUCGUCUACCUGUAAGUGUGUUGGCUGUAAGAACUUUGAGGAGAGCCCUGAGAGGAAGACUCUGAUGCACCUGGCCGACGCAGCUGAGGUGAGAGUUCAACAGCAGACGGCAGCCAAGACCAAGCUGUCGUCGCAGAUCUCGGACCUGUUCACAAGGACCACCCCGGCCAUCACCAGCGGAGGGGGGAGGAUGCCCUUUACAUUUGUGACGAAGGAGGUGGCAGAGGCCACGUGUGAGUGUCUGCUGGAGCAGGCUGAGCAGGCAGAGCUGAUCCAGCAGCCCCAGGCCACCGCAGAGAGGAUGAUCCUGGAGGAGUUUGGACGCUGCCUCAUGAGGAUCAUCGGCUCAGCGGGCAAGACUGACUGUCCCUCCAUCAACUGCUAGGCCAGGUCCAUGGGUUCGCUGUCUGUAUGUCUCUCACCCAGCCCAGUGAAAACUAGUGCUGGGAGACUAGAAGGGAAUAGUGGCCUCCUCUCUCCCCCAGCUUGAGAGUUAAACAUUAGGACUGGUGAGUGGUAGUGGUCCUUGGUUUCUCUGCCUCCCGGGCUGGCUAGCUAGCCGCCCAGUCUCAGAGAUGAGCAGUGGGUCUGGGAGAUGAGGGGAGUCGGCCAUGGGCGCCGUCUCUCUCGCCCACCCUCUGGGCAAAGCAUUGGGAGAGGAGUGGACUGUCUGUCUGCUCCACUUACUGCUAGCCAUGCCCAUGUGCUUUCUCUCCCAUCCCCAUAGUGCUAGCAUUGGAUAGGGUGGAGAGUGGUGCACAGUCCCAUCAAUUGUUAGCUAGCUAGACCCAGCCAGCACCAGGAGGCAUGGACAGUCCUGAGGCACUGCUCACCGUUUACCCACCCUCAUAGAUCUAGUGUUGGGAGGACAUGCAUUUCUCUGGAGCUGGUGCUUCUCCUUCACAGUUAGUGGGAAUAGCCUUUGCAUAGCCUUGGCUGAAGGAAGGGGCUGUCCCCAUGCCCCCAGCCUCCCUGAAAAAAAUAAGGAUUGUUGGAGAGACUCGCCAGAGAAAGAGGUGCAAGGUGCAAGGGGGAACAGACAAAUGUUUGUUUGUGUUUUGGGAAGGGGGGUGUUUUAGAUCAUAGGAUUUUUAUUUUUUAAAUCUUUUUAAAAUCACAUUUAUUUUCUCCAUCUUAUUAUGGCUCUGCAUAUGUCCCUCUUUCACCCUCUCGCUCUGUUUGAAUCAUUUCUGAGGGUUCUGGAUGCAGACGAGGAAAGAAGGGUCACAUUCUGACUGCCUUCUACAGGUAGUAGCCCAGGUUCUAAUCAUGACGGCCAUCUCUCUUCAGUAACUAGCGUAUUACUGUAACCCAACAAGAUAUCACGUUACCCACUUUAUUUUCUUCAACCUCUGUUUCAGCUUGUGCUCAGAGCUUUGCAAAGUAUCUAGGAACAACUAACAUAUUCCCACCUUGACUUUUAUCACAGAUUAGGAUUCCAUUUGCCAUUUUUAAUUUUUAAACAACUAAAUAGUAUGUAUUUUGGUAUGGGGGGGUUGUUCAAUUGGGGGGGUGUACUGUUUCUGACACAUUCAGGUAGGGUAAGGUUUCACAAUAUCAAAUCCAAGUUCUUUGUGCUACUUAAGUGCUCAUGGCUUAUGGUACUCUAAAUUCAUUGUCAGGGUAUGAAAGUUGUCCACUUUAUUAGGGAUAUAUGAAUAUUGGAUGCUUGGUGCCCCUAUUUUUUUUUUUUACCACUUUGUGAAUAUCAGUUUGCCUCUUUCCAAAUACAUGGAGAACAGCACGCACGCACACACAUACACGUUGGAUAACCGUCAAGAACCAGCGGUAGAUUGUUCGAUUGGAUAAUUAAUCUAGUCAUAGUAUCACUAUAUCCGAAGCACUGCAACUAUUUUAGCAUUGCAGAGUGCCUUUAUGCUACAGUAAGCUGUUCCUUGGUAGCUUUGUGCUUUACUAAGUCAUCACGGAUUACCAGGCAACACAUGAUUUGGCCUCUUGUGUGUCGCACUGUAAUGACACCCAUCAAGUGUGUGUUCAACAGCAUUUGGGUAGUGUUUUGAAUAAAGAAAGUGAUGUUUUUAAGACCCUUUUGGGUCCGUUAUUUCCCUACUCACAAAGCCAAUCCCUUUCUAUAUGUAUUGAGUGUGUUUAAAACAAAUACUGUUAUUAGUUAUUGUAGCCUUAUUCCCCCCCCAGGAUACCUUUGCCUUACGUUCUCCACUCUGCUCAGGGCAUCGAAGGACUUUUACUAUGUUGUCUGUCUAUUGUUCUUUCCCGCAAUGUUAUUGAAGACACGCGUGUUAAAAAAAAAAAUGUAAAAAGAGGAAGAGAAAAUAAUUUCCCAGCAGCCGUUUGACAGAGGGCCUUUGUGCGUGUCAUGUUUUUCACCAUAAGAGAUUGAGUAAGACCGUGUUAUACACCAUCACGCAUGCUUUUCAAAGUUGUAAUCAUCCCUAUGCACUGAAAACGUUGUUUAUUGCAUGGGUGACCUUGCUAGAUGCUGAAGUGUUGCAAAAUUGCUGUGCAGCAGCAUCAACAAUUGGUCUGUGUUUGAAUGACAUGAUGAAUCCCAAAUAGCUUUAUUCAUACUAGAAAAUAAACAUUUCUCUGCAGCCUGUUCAGCAGAGUGCAAUGUCACAGAACGUUCAGAUAGAAAUGGAUCGUGUGGAAACGAUACAAUGGUAUUUUAGGUAGAGGAUUGGAAUUGUAUGCUCUGUUUUACAUCUAUCUUUUACGUCUAUCUGCAACAUUUGUCUCACCUCAUUGAAUACACCCUUUGUAUCCGAUGUCAUCUCACAAAGUGGGACAUUUUCAAAGGGCUUCCAAUAGAGGAGCACAACCAGAACCCCGUGAUGGUGCUAAACUCACUACGUCAAUCGGAUGGUGAAUGUUAGGGAAUUAUUUUUUUUAGAUUGUCUUCUCACGAAGUGAGACAUUUAACAGAAUUAAUCAAUCAAUAGCAAUCAAGCUAAACUGCUAAAUUGUGCUCUGUUGGAGAACAGAAAAGUUUUAACAAAUCUAGGUAUUUCAGGAGAUACUUAACCUAACCCAUGAAACUUGGUACUAAUAAAUGUACACCAAACAAAACAAUGGACCUUCUCAAAAUGUUUGCAAUAACAGGCUUUUUUUUACUGCGGGAGUCUGUACUGAACUUAGUCUUUUUCGAGACUAUAUUGAACUGAUCUGUGUAAAUCUGCACCUCCAUGUUUCAAAGACCAUGUGCAAUGGCUCUGUAGUACUCCUCUGUAUUCCGGUUGGUUGAUUGUAUAUGUUACGUGACCAUUGCCUGUAUUACUUUCUAGGUGAAAUCAAGUUCUUUUUUAAAAACUUUUUUUUUCACCAUUCUUGUAAACAUCUUUCUGUUCAAGAAUUAUUUAUCUCACGUUAUCCUCAUGAUUAUAACACAGAAUUAAAGUACUUUAUUUUCAGAUUUUCAGAUUUAUAUUCAGUAAAGAGUAUGUAAGAUGUUGACUGUAAUGUAAGCGAAGUACGAAGCAAAUUAAAUUUAUACAUUUAAGUAUGAAUUUCUUUCUCAAUUGGUAAACUAAAUUGCAUUAAUAUUUUACAAAUGCAUAAGCCUGUUGGAUAUUGUCAGAUCUCUGAAAUAUGCCUAUUUCUGAUUUCAGAUCAGUUUUUUUUUUACAGUGAAAUUAUGUUGAUUUAAAUCUAUACAUUAACACGUUUGUAAUUGUAACGCUAUAACAGAUGUCCAUAUUUGAAAUAUGUAUUUAUUUUAGAAGUUGCCAGCAGACAUCUUACUGAAGUCCUGCCUUUCUCUGGUUUUUCCCACAUUGCUUUGCGGUGUACAUAAAAGGCGUGUGCAAAUUACCACGAGGUCUGUUCAUUUCAUUUGAUUAAUAGUACAGCGAAAAUCUAGCAAAUCGUGUGACAUCUAUGCAAUUUUUUUUUAUCUUGAAUGUUUUGAUAAAGAAAUGACUUAGUCAUUUGUUGGCGAGAUGAUGACUGGGUAUUUGAUGCAGACCUGGCAGUGACUGGGUAUUUGAUGCAGAUCUGGCAUGUCUUCCGAUGCAAUGUUGCAGGAUGGAUGACAAACUGAUACAGGACACAUGAAUACUGGGGGUGGUGGAAAGGAUGUGACUUGGACCAGGAGGUCAGUUCAGUACUUUUCCCUGAUACAACAUGGAGGCCUGCAUAGGUCAUAGCAACCGUGGAGAGGCUCUUGAUUUCUUCAGUGCUGUGCAACAACUCACUCUGUGGGUAUUGGCUGACAGCUGUGGUAUAGCAGAAGGCUUCAGCAAGAAGAGUGCCCCGGAAGGUCUCGUGUUUUUCAUGGUGAAAUUGACUCCAAAGAUGGCACCUUGUGAAAUUGCAGCACAAAUUGAUAUAAGCAUUUACAAUCCCUUGUCCAAUUCCAAUAAAUGUUUUGGGGAAAAACCCUACAAAGUAA